AUGCACAAUAUAGUCACCACUAACACUGAUUCGACUAUUAGCACGACCGCUACUACAGCAACUACAGCAACUUCAGUUACAACAACAACAACGACAGUAACUACUACAACAACGACGACAACAACAACAACGACAGUAACUACUACAACAGCGACAACAACGACAACCACGGCAACUACAACGACAACCAAAACUACAACAAGUUCAUCUAGCAGUACUUCAUCAUCCACAAGUUCAACAUCGGCGACAACAUCGACUACUACCUCAGUAACAACAAGCACAACAACGACUUCCGUAACGACUGUAACCACUACCACAACUGUGACAACUGAAUCAAUUACUUCGAAUGGAUGUACUUCUGGAUGGAAAGGUGUUACUACACUUUAUCAUUGUGAUAAUUGUCAAAAUAUAUCAACAUACACACAAUAUACAUAUACUUAUACAGCUAUUUCAAAUCAAACUCGUAUUACAUUCGCUUUUCGUGAAGAUAUUGGUUAUUUUGCACUUGAUACUGUAUCUGUACGAAGUAUAACAAAUCCCACUGUUGAACUCAUUUUAAAUAAUGGUUUUGAAACUGGUACAACAUCACCAUGGAUUUACUGUAAUCCGGGCGGUGCAACAGCUGCUGGUACAAUUAAGGCAAAUUCAAAUAAUUUUAAUUAUUUGGGUUAUUUAUACCGAGCUCAAUCAGGAAGUCGUUUUUACAUUGAUGGAGCUGUUGGGGAUGCUGAUUAUUUAAGUCAAAUGUUUUCAACAACUAUCGAUGCUACAUAUACUAUCUCAUAUUGGUUGGUCAAUAUGGGUAGUGGUACACUCAAUAGCGCUGAUGUUAUAAUAAGUAUCUAA